CGGACCUCGAAGCUGAUGAACCACCUGCUUGAAGUAUUUUUCAGGCGUGGACUUGAUUAAGUAAAGUGCUGGCAGAUAGCACUAUACCCUUGUCCGUUCAAAGUUCUUUCUCGUCUGUCUGUUGAUGGACUGAGCUAUUAAACGGUAACCAUCAUUAUUUUCGGGCUUUUUGAUCGGCGUUAUCAUAUCGAGGCUAUUCGUGCUCCCGUCCGCCAUCAUGCCUCGUCGCGAUCGUCGCGAAGCUUCUCCGGCCAUGUCGGAGAACGAGUUCGACAUCACAAGUGCGCUUUUUCAACAUGACAAUGAUUCCGACGUCGAUGUCGACAGUUCUGCCCCCCGAUCGAAACCCGAUACUAGGCAAGACCUCGAUUUUCUCAAUUUCGACGACGACGGCGAUGCAGCCUUUAUUGCGACACAACAGGCUUCGGCGAACCGAAAAGGAUCUAAUCUGAAGGGUCGUACGGUGAAGAAAGGAGGUGGUUUCCAGGCCAUGGGUCUCAGUGCCAACGUGCUCAAGGCCAUUGCCCGGAAGGGAUUCUCAGUCCCAACCCCCAUUCAACGAAAGACAAUUCCUGUGAUUAUGGACGACAAGGACGUUGUCGGUAUGGCCCGAACUGGUUCCGGAAAGACUGCGUCAUUCGUUAUUCCCAUGAUUGAGAAAUUGAAGAGCCAUAGCGCCACGUUCGGUGCCCGUGCAUUGAUCAUGUCGCCCUCGCGUGAACUUGCUCUACAGACACUCAAGGUCGUCAAGGAAAUGGGACGUGGAACAGAUUUGAGAUCGGUCUUGCUCGUCGGUGGUGAUAGUCUGGAGGAUCAAUUUGCCAUGAUGGCCGGCAAUCCCGACAUCGUGAUCGCAACACCCGGUCGAUUCUUGCACUUGAAGGUUGAGAUGAACCUUGAUCUAUCGAGUAUCCGUUAUGUCGUGUUCGAUGAGGCUGAUCGUCUCUUCGAAAUGGGUUUCGCUGCCCAAUUGACCGAAAUUCUUCACGGCCUUCCGUCCAACCGACAGACACUCCUUUUCUCUGCGACUCUUCCCAAGUCGCUGGUGGAAUUCGCGCGCGCCGGUCUACAAGAGCCUAGCCUUGUGCGCUUAGAUACCGAGAGCAAGAUUUCCCCCGAUCUUCAAAAUGCUUUCUUUUCCGUCAAGUCGUCCGAUAAGGAGGGUGCAUUGCUUCAUAUAUUGCAUAACGUCAUAAAAAUGCCCACCGGACCUACUGAAGCUACCCAAAGGUUCAAGGCGGAAAAUGAAAACCCCAGGAACAACAAGCGCAAGCGGCCAGCGCACUCUGGACGGUCUAUCUACAAGGAGUCGCCCACGGAGCACUCUACCAUUGUCUUCGCUGCGACGAAGCACCACGUCGACUAUCUUUACUCCCUCUUGGUUGAAGCCGGCUUCGCCACGUCCUACGCCUACGGUAGCCUUGACCAAUUGGCAAGAAAAAUUCAGGUCGAGAAUUUUAGGAAGGGAAUUUCCAACAUCCUCGUUGUCACUGACGUGGCUGCUCGUGGUAUCGAUAUUCCUGUUCUCGCCAACGUGAUCAACUACGAUUUCCCCUCCCAGCCUAAGAUCUUCGUUCAUCGUGUUGGCCGUACCGCCCGUGCCGGGCAGAGUGGAUGGAGUUACAGUCUGGUCCGCGAUGCCGAUGCCCCAUACCUGCUUGAUCUCCAGCUUUUCCUGGCUCGACGCCUGGUGCUGGGCCGUCAAUUCGGAACACAGGUCAACUACGCCGAAGAUGUGGUUGUCGGUACCCUUGCCCGCGAACCUCUCUCCGAGAACUGCGAAUGGGUCAACAAAGUGCUAAGUGAGGUUGCCGAUAUCGCGUCGCAGCGUCAGGUAUCAGUUCGUGGUGAGAAGCUCUACAUGCGUACUCGAAAUGCCGCAUCUUUGGAAAGCGCGAAGCGAGCCAAGAAGGUCACAGCUACCGAGGAUUGGUCUACGCUUCACCCCCUGUUCAACGACGAUGAGAGCGUUAUGGAAGCGGAGCGCGAAAAGAUGCUCGCCCGUAUCGGCGGCUUCCGGCCAUCGGAGACCGUCUUCGAGGUUCAGAACCGACGUGGUGGCAAGCAAGAGGGCGGAGAAGCUAUCGAGACCAUCAAGCGAAUCCGUGCCACAGUGGACAAGAAGAAGCUCCGUGCCCAACACAAGGAACAGUCCGAGCUGGCCGAAUUGGGUAUUAAUGUCAGUCAAGCCGAUGGAGACAACGGCAGCGACGAAGAUGACGAUAUCCCUGACGAGGCUGGAGACAACAUGUCUGAGGCAGAUGAAUCUGAUUUGGAAGUCACUUUCUCCGCCUAUAACCAGAAGGACAAACGAGCCGACAAGUCAGAUGGGCCAUUGGCAACUUCAUUCCAGAAUCCUGAUUACUUCAUGGGAUACACGCCGGCAAACCACAAUAGCGCGGAAGACCGGGCCUACGGUGUCCACUCUGGUACCAACUCCAACUUCGCGCACGAGUCACGGACUGCGACAAUGGAUCUGAAUGGUGAUGAAGGCCAAAAGAACUUUGGCGAGAACCGGUCUAUCAUGCGUUGGGACAAGCGGCACAAGAAGUAUGUCGCCCGCCAGAACGAUGAGGAUGGUUCGAAGGGUACACGCCUCGUCCGCGGUGAAAGCGGUGCCAAGAUUGCCGCCAGUUUCCGCAGUGGCCGAUUCCAGAGCUGGAAGAAGGGCAAGCGUAUGAGCGGCCUGCCUCGCGUGGGUGAAGCCGAGACGCCCGGUCUCUCGACUGGAUCGGGCAUGCCUGGCGCGCACGGCCCUGGGGGUCGAUUCCGACACCAGAGGCAGCAGGCUCCCAAGCGGGCCGACCCGUUGCGAUAUGACUAUGAAAAACAGAAGAAGAAGAAUGAGACUGCUCGGGACCGUCAGCAAUCCCAGGCUGGCGGCGCUGCGUCGCACGGAAAGAGUGAGAUUCGCUCUACUGAAGAUAUUCGGAAGGCGCGGAAGCUGCAGCAGAGACGCCGUGAAAAGAACGCGCGCCCUUCGAGAAAGCGUUAAGAAGGGUCAAGAAAGGUCAAGGGAAGGAUGGAUCGAGUCUUGUAUACAUAGUUUGGGGAGGGUGCAGUCGUUACUUUGGAUGAUGUCUGAUGUCUAUACCUGCCAUCUGCAUUGGAGAUACCACACCAAUUAUCGUUAUCAUGAACACAACCAUAUUCACGGGAUUCCUGGGG